AUGGCUCCGCCGGCCCAAUCCGCGCGCCCGACGUCCUGGUUCGGAGGCUCCUCGCUGCUUUCGCCGCUGUCCGCCGCCGCUCCUGCGCCGACACAAAGCUGUAACGCAAGCAGCAACAGAUCCUCAUCUCCGCAGCACCUCGAGCCCCCCCAAUCCGGCAUGAACCGCCUCUCGCUUGACUCGGCGCUCAUGCGCAAGAAUCCCUUCGCCCGCGCCAACGCCAGCAACCUCUCCAUCUCCACCGAAAACCAGGACGACAUCGAACCCGGCCUGAAGAGCGCGCCCCCGGUCCCCGAGCGCCACAGCGCGACCUUUCCCCUCGCCGACCGCCUGCUGUCCUCCUUCAUGUCGUCCAAGGAGGAUCCCGACACCCCAGCCGUCGCCGGCGUCGGCUGCGAGGUGUCGGACGACGAGAUGCAGGCGCUGCUGGAGCACGUGCGCCGGUCCGAGAACGAGCGCGCCCGCGCCGAGCAUGAGCUGCAGCGCCGCGAGAAAGAGCUGGCGCGCGUCAAGAACGAGCUGCGCAAGGCCGAGCGCGAGAUCGAGGACCUGAAAGCCCAGCUGCGCCGCCACGAGCAGCACCGCGGCGCCCUCGACGGCACCCUCAAGCCCGACGACCUGGGCGUGCUGCCGCCCGCCGGCGGUGGCAUCAGCCGCCACGACAGCCUGGAUCCGAACCACCGCCACCGCCGCGCCAACAGCAGCAACGGCAGCAACACGUCGACCCCGACCGUGCCCGAGCACGCCGGCGAGAGCCCGUACUACAUUUCGGGCGGUGAUGGCUAUGGCGCUUCCUCCAGCACCAUGGACCUCAGCCCUACCAGCGCCGCCGCCUACACCUUCAACACCACACCCUCCGUCCGCCCGCUCUCCUGCAUCGCCGCCCCCCUGUCCACGCGCUUCGGCAACGGCUCCAGCCCCCGCCUGCAAACCCAGCCCUCCAUGACGUCCAUCAGCGAGACGCACCCCGGUUACGUCAACGAAUACGGCGACGAGGCGGCCGUCGAGGACCACCAAUCGUACCACAGCAGGCCAUCACUCCACCAACAGCGCUCCACCCCGCGCUCCUCCCUCCAGCUCAACCGCCCACAACAACAACAAUACGAGACUCCGCGCCGCCCGUCCGUCCAACACGAGACCACCACCACCACCACCCCCCGCCGCCCGUCCGUCCAGCUCCAACACGAGACCUCCUCGCAGCCACGCACCUCCCUCCAGCUCCAGCUCGAGCAACCGUACCAGCCCCAGCCCUACUACGAAUACCAGUACCCGGACCCCGACCGCACCGCCUCGUACGCCUCGCCCGACAGCCGCAAGAACUCCGCCGUCGCCGUUACCUCCAUCGAGUACCAGCAGUCGCCGAUGAUGAACCCCGAGAUCGCCGCCGCCGCCGCGGCGCUCGAGGGCUAUGGUCCGCCGCCCGCUGCGUUCGCUGAGGAGCCGGAACCGGCGUCGCCUGCGGGCAAGGGUCAUCACAGCGGCCGCCGCUUCUUGCGGUCGAGGCAUGGGAAGGAGAAGGGAUCGGGCGCUGGAGCAGAGCGUCCGAAGAGCUCGUAUGCCGGCGCGGGCAUCAAGGAGAAGAAGUCGGCUGGGCGCUUGAGGGAGAAGUUUUCGCGUAUGUCGCUGUUCGGCGGGAAGAGGGAUGAUGGCGCGCCGAGUUCGCCGGUGCCGGCUGUGCCGGCGUUGGAGGCGUAG